UUUUUCCUUUUCGCCUGUACAGGCUCUCCUUUUUGUUUUUUUGUUCAUAGAUUUCCGUGUUUCGUCGUUGCAGUGCGUUAAAAACAUCCUUUCCGAUCAAUGUCUGUCAUUAUCGAAUGAUGUAAUCAAUGGACGAUGAACGAAGAAAGAAAAGCUCUUGUAAAAGAGUGCGUGUGGCAAGGUUUUUUUUUUGAGACUUGAAAAGAGAGAAGCGUACGAGAACACGAAGAAACUCUGUUGUGUGUGCGUGUGGGAUUGGGAGGAGUGUCAAGAGGGUGGAAGGCAAAAAAAAGAGGGUGGUCUGAGUGUGCGUGCAACGCCAACUCUCUUCUUCGUUUGUUCGUUCUUCUGCUGCUUUCGCGUGUAUGUGAUAGAUGGAAAACCGCGCGUAGCUUAUGGGCUGCUAGCCUCGUCUGGAGCCCUCGAAUAUAUAACCAGCCAUCACCCUUCAUGAUCUUCAUCAGUUUUUUGAGAAAAUCCCGACCGAGUUGGUUUGAUUGAACCAGACGACCGAUUAAAACUUUAACGGCAGAAAAAAAAAAAAAAACGUUGUGUGUGUACUGGUGUUCGCUUGUUAUUCAGCUGGUCUUGUUUAAAACACUCGACAUAAAUUGAAAGACCCGAAAAAUUUAGAAAAAGUGACAAUCUGCUAUUGUUGUGACUCGUUUUUUCGUCUAGCCGUUUCCCGCUCUGGUGUUGAGAGCAAGGGAGGAGAGAUUUGUGAGCCUUCGUGUUGUGUGCCAUUGUGGUUUUCUUCUUCUGGGAAACGCGCGUGUGUGUGUUAGUGAGUGAGAGUGUGUGUAGUAGUAGGGGAAGGGGGAAACCGAAGAGAACGAAAGAAAGAAUAAAGGAGAAGAGAAAGGAGAACCAAGGUGGAGUCGUUUGGGAACUUGGCAACGCCGCCGAGUUGGCGUUGGCUUGAGUGCGCUUGAGAGCGCUGUGCAGCAAGCACAGAGGCAAGCACAUAAAAGAAGUGGCGAGUUGAAAGGGGAAGGAAUCGUAUACAACAGACACACUACACACACACACACACACACACAUACAUACAUAGAGCAAGAGUAUACACACACACACAUACAGACACACGCAGCCACAGCCAAAGGUGAAAAAUGGCUGCCGCCACCUCCCUUCAAAUGCAUCUGCAACACAGCCCGCGCAAGAAGAAUUUCGGUUAUGAAGAAACAAUCCGGCUGCUGGAACUAUGGACUCACUACACAAACGGUGGGACGCACCCCGAACUGGGCAAAGGCCACAGAACUGGCCGGCUGUGGCUCGUUAUCAGUGAACGAAUGAAGGCCAUGAACUACAACCGUGGGCCCGAGGAAUGCAAAGUGCGCGUCGGAAACCUCAGAGCCAAAUACACCAAACUCAAGAGAGGAUAUCUUUCAGGUGAAGGAGUACCAGAUUGGCCAUAUUACCCAGUCCUAGCCAAAUUCCUAGAAGGAAGAACAGAGUUUGGGGAUUCUUAUGAUGCAGGAUCCCAUUCCUACACAGAACCAGAAGCAAGACCUGGAGCCUCUCACCAUCACCCAGGUAUGUUUCUUAGUAUGUCAAUGGAAGAGCCAAACGAGCCACUCGCCUGCAACGUAGAUGGUGGUCGGCGGGGUAUGGGUGGAGGAGGUGGUGGUGGAUCUUCAAGAUCGAACGAUGACGAUAGUUCUGUUUCAAUGCCCGAGUCGGGCUCAUCGGCCGGCAGUGAGCACAACGACGCCCCUCCAAACGGACACAUGGCGGGCCCUAUGGGUCCCUCUGACCUGCCUCAUGGCCUUGGUGGCCACCAUCCGCCUCUACUCGGGCCUUCCGGAAUGAAACGCAGACCUGUUUCUCCAGUCGAUGAUCCUCGUCGACCAGCAAAACGACCGAAACAUGGAACGAGCACCAUGCUCCUCUCUUUGAUGCAGGCGAUGCUGAAGAUCGAAGAGGAGCACCUGAAACUGCAGCAAGAGCGAGCGGCCAGUGAAGCAGCCAUGAUGCAAGCCGUCACGGCAUUCUUUUCAAACAUGACGCAAAUGUUUGGAGGACACAUGCCCAGUUUUUCUUCCAAGCCGGAGGUGCAAAAUAACAACAGCGCAGGUUCGCAAGGAGGAGCGGGAGGAAGUGGAACGACAGCUGGAAGUAGCGGUCUACAUUCUGGCGGAGUAGGGGCACAAGGUGGCAACAACAACAACCAGGCAACUGGUUCCAAGACGCCAUCCAACCCGUCUUCUUCGUGUUCCAAUUCGCCUGCAUACUCACACUCCUACAGCAAUCCACCGAUGGUGGGUAACUCGGGGAUGAACAAGAUGCAUGGCAUGGUGGAUGGGCCAGGCGCUUCCAGUAAUAUGGGUUCAGCCUCGGCCGGCCAUCAUUACCCUUACGGCGGCAUGAACCAGCCGUCACCAUCGCCAUCCAGUGCCGGACAAAUGGCCAGUCCUGCUUCCUAUCCACUCUCACCGGCCUAUCAGCAAGGAGUCGUCAAUACGAUGAUGGGCGCAGGCAACAGCGGAACGGGAGGCGGUGGAGGAGGUUGGUAUAAUAACGGUUCAUCCGGCAAGGGCGCUUCAUCUUCCAAUGCCCCAAUGGCCGUUCAUCCCUUCUCCAGCGACAUUCUGGGCAUUCCCAAGAGCAGACACGAUACCAUGUAAAAAAAAAUAGGGGAUUUUGUUUUACAUCCACCACCACCAUCGCCUCUUCAUCUCCCACUCCAGUUGUUGCGUGUGUGUGCGUGUGUGUGUGGUCCAUCUCGUCUCUCUCCAGCAACAUCAACUACCACCACUAUACUACAAAAUAGACUACACCGUGAAAAAAAGAUACCACAAGAAAUGAAGAAAAAAAAACCCUUCCAGCCUCACACUCACGGAGCUUCCGGAAGGUGAUGAUGAAUUUACACUACGACGACGAUACAAGUAUGAAAAAGCAUAUGAAGAGAAACAAAACAGAAAAAAACAAGAAAAACAAAAAGAAAAACAAAAAAAACUAAUAUUUUCUUUUGUGUGGAGUGUGUCCGGACUCUUCCCUUCGUACUAUUGUUCUAAUUUCUAUCCAUCUCUCUUUCUUUUGUGUGUCUUUGGGACUCCGAAACAAAUUUCUGUUUUUGUUUCCGUGUGUGAGUGUGUGUGUAUUUUAUUUUGGCCUGUUGGACACAACAGCACACUCCGCCUGGAUGGGUUGUCAUUUUUUUUUUUUUUUUUUUAUGUAACCUAAAAUUAUUUUCUAAUUUAAACACCCCACCCCUUCAGUCUACUUUGAAUGUUAUUAUUAUCCCAUUUUUUUUUUUUUGGUUAGUUGAAUCCGUAACCAAAGUCCAUCACUUUCGACCGCUUCGUACUCUCGUCUCUUUUUUCUUGGUUCCUUUUUUCCUCCCGUUUAUCAUUAUUAUUAAUAUUUUUCGUUCGUUGAUUUGCGAUACUUUUGUGUCAAAUUUAAGAGGCAGCUUUUUAUAUCGUAAAGAGCCGAAGUUUUGUUUAUUUUUCGCCAAGAUCCAAAGGGCCAAAAAAGAGGAAAAAACGGUUAGUUCAAAAUGUUUUGCACCUAGUUCUUCCCCCUCCCUCGUUAUCCAUCGCUUCCGGAAACACACAUUUACACACAAAAUUUUCAACAAUAAUUUAAAAUUAAUUUUUCUCGCCCCUGUGUGUCUCCUGAAUUUACAGUCUAAACAGAACAACGUGGAUAUGCUUUAAAGUAAUCGUCGAUUUCCUUUUUCUUUUCUUUUUUUUUUUUUCAAACGAAAAAAUCAACUCAGCUGCUAUUGUUUGUCCCAUUGACGUUUCAUUUCGAAGCCGAUCAAACCAAAUGUGUUUUUCUUCUAUCUGUGUGUCUUUAUUGGGGGAAAAAGGAAGGGUUUCCUUUUUUUAGGAGGAGAGAGAGAGGUUCAAUUUGAGGGGACAGGAGGAGGUGACACAAAGAAUGUGUGUGUGCGUGUGUUUCGGCCGUGGAUCUAUAACGAUUAUGUAAGAUUGUUUUUUCUUUUUCUUUUGUCUUUUCCACGCCCUCGUCUAUCUAUCUCUAUAUCGAUGCAGUAGUUUAAAACAAAACAAUUUUUUUUGUUUAAAUUUUAGAAAAAAACAAUCGGCUUUGUGUAAUGUACUAUGCAAAGUGCAAAAAUUGUCCUUUCCUUAUGUCCUUUCUCACUGUGCUGCUGCUGCUGCUGAUGUUUGUUCCUCCCUUUUUUUGUGUCACUUUCAAUUCUUUACUCUAAUGUCCCUCCCUUUUUUUCAUUCAAGCCACCGCUGUGCUGCGUGAAAAAAUUGACGCCAUUCUGCCACCAACACGAACCACAAUUUUUUUUUCUCUUCCUCCAAUUGAUUCGAUUCUCACCUCCUAGCCCUCCAUACCAUAAUUAACAAUAAUAUCUCGUGUAUUCACGCAUGCAUUAACCAAACGCUAAUGUAAGGAAUACUCAUGGUUAUAUUAUCUUUCGUCAUGUUUUUUUUUCUACCGCGUGUCCCAUUAUAAAUUUCUUUGUUUUCAAGUCUGUCCUUUGAUUUUUGCAGCAGGUUUCUAGCGAUGACAUGAGAAAAAACCGACCUCCGUUUGAUCAUUCUUGUAUACCCAUGUACUACUACUACUACUCUUUCUCUUAUACCUAAUUUUUUUUUUCACAGCGUGCAAUUUUUGACUUGUUGAACCGCCUCGUCCCCCUCCGUUCCGUUCUUUUUCCGGCUCUUUCUUUCAACUUCCGUGUUUCGGUAAAUAUCCCCCCCAACCGCGUCGAUCAGCCAAUCAUUUUUGAAAAAUUCGCCUUUUUUUUUUUUUUUUUUGCGUUGGUAACAAAACAGAAAAUGUUGAUGCCAUCCUGUUUUUCUUUUUUAUAUCACGCAGGCAGAAAAAAGAUCCCUUUUCCUCUCGCCGUCUUAUUUUCUUGAUUCAUUUCUCAUUGAUACAAGAUUUCAAUGGAGUGUGCAGUAUUAUUAUCUUACCAAUUUGGCGGAUUGUUUGACUGUAUUUUUUCUUGAAUCAUUCGUUUUAUUUUUUAUUUUUCAGUUUAUCAUCAUCAUUUAAUCGCUCCACGUUUUUUUGUUCUUGAAACUUUAUUGAACUGCCCCGCAACUUGACCUCUUUCGCUCCUCUUUUUUCCUCCACCACCCAAAACACACAACACGCCGCCAUUUAGCUGUUUAGACAGGAAAGUUUGUACUGUGACGUCGUUUAAAAAGAUUUAAGAUGAAAAGUGAACAAAAUUUUGAAAAAAAAAUAAAAACAAAAACUAAAGAAAGGCCAGAUCGUCUCUUCCCCACCCAAAAUCCCUACCCCUUAUUCAAUUCUAACCUGUUUUGAGAAAAAAAUCAAGAAAAUUUUUUUUUCUGUGCGCGCUAAAAGUGUUGCUGUCAUUUAUGUACGGACGAUACGAAUGAUACAGCAUAAAAAAGGCGAAAAUAAACCCGUUUGUAAAAAAAAGAAAAAGAGAAAAAAAAAAUUAAAUUGAUAAAAUUUU